AUGGAAGAAGGUCCCUGGAUAUUCUCUACCAAAUCAUUACCUUCAGAUUCUCGUCUUAUGGCAACCCUGGCUAAUGGAUAUCUGGGGACAAGAGUCUACGGAGAUGUCCUGCAUGUGAAUGGAGUGUACAAUGGGUCAGUAGGUGACUGUCACAGAGCAAACGUCCCAAGUCCUCUCAACGUCCAGCUUGACAUUAGUAAAGAAGAAAUUAUGGAAGAGACCUUUUCUCUAAAUAUUAGAACUGGUACAUUCAGCCAUACCAUCCAGUGCUCUUCAUUUACAGCUACCCAACAGAUCUUUGCUCAUCGUUCC